GAGAGAGAUAGAGAGAGAGAGAGAGUGUGUGCAAGUGGACCUGGGAUCCUCAGGUGUUCGUCUCCAGUCAUGGCCGGGAAUUCAGAGAAAGUACCGAUCGCCUCAGCGGGGCCGGAAGACGUGCAGCAGUUCAUGCCUCCGGCUUACUCUACUUUGGCGGUGAAGCCCGCCGCCACCGGGCGCUUCCUCAAAGCCGGGAUCGCGGUGCUGAUCGCCGGGGCCCUGCUGCUGCUCCUGGGGGCCGUCGGAGCCUUUUACUUCUGGAACAACAAUGAAAAACACGUCUACAAUGUCCACUACAGCAUGAGCAUCAAUGGAAAAGUGGAGGAGGGCACGAUGGAGAUCGACACAGAAAACAACAUGGAGAAGUUCAGCACCGGCAGCGGGGCGGACGAGGCUGUGGAGGUCCACGAUUUUGAGAUUGGAAUCACUGGGAUUCGCUUUUCAGGCAGUGAGAAGUGCUACAUCAAGACCCAGGUGAAAGCUCGCCUGCCCGACGUGGAGACCCUCGACAAGGACUCCAUGACCUUUGACUUGGACGACGAAGUGAUGCCGGCCAGGUUCGAGGACGACCUGGUGUGGGUGGCGGCCGGCGCGCCUCUGUCGGAUUCCGCCUUCCUCAGCAAGAAGAUCAAGGAUUUGUGCGGAGACCUGCCAAUCUUCUGGCUCCGCCCCACCUACUCCACAAGCGGACAAAGGAAGACGGGGGCCGCCUCCCGCCGCCGCCGUCAGGCACGCAGGGAUGAGGUGGAAGAGGACGUGGAGGCAGAGUUCAACCCCGAGAACCCCUAUCAGAAUAACCUCCAGGGGGAAGACACCAUGAACAUCGACCCCAUGUUGGACCACGAGGGCGUUUGCUGCAGGGAGUGCCGCCGCGGCUACACCCACUGCCAGCGGAUCUGCGAGCCGCUGGGAGGGUACCACCCGUGGCCGUACCACUACCGCGGCUGCAGAGUGGCCUGCAGGGUCAUCAUGCCUUGCAACUGGUGGGUGGCGCGCAUUCUGGGCAUCGUCUAGACAGAAAUGACGGCUUUGUUUGGUUCUGCUCUGAGCAGACAUCUGGGCGUAGAGGGAGAAAAUAAAUGUGACGCUGAGAGGAUAGGACAGACUUGUAAACGGCAUUUCACUUUAACAUCUACUUAGCUGUAGGAUAAACACGUAUUUAUGAUGACGUCAUCUGUGCAUUCUCCACUUCCUGUUUGGAUGUACACCACAGGCCACACCUUCUCACUUUAAAUGCGUUUUCCUUAUUUUCAUGACUAUUUACAUUGUAGAUUGCCACUGAAGGCAUCAAAACUACGACACCUUUGAAGUGAAAACCAAUUUCAGGUGACUCUUGAAGCUCAUGCAGAGAAUGCCAAGAGUGUGCAAAGCAGUAAUCGGAGCAAAAGGGUGGCUAUUUUGAAGAAACUCGAACAUAAAACAUGUAUUCAUAUAUAUUCACCUUAUAUGAUUUGUACGUUUUCAGAAUGUGCUUGAUCUAUUUUUAAACAAAGAAAACAAUUUGAAGUUGUCUUUAUUUUUAAGUUAUUGUGCUGUGAUUUUACCAGUCCGGCUCACUUGGGUGUAGAUUUUUCUCCGUGUGGCCCCCGAUCUAAAAUGACUUUGACAGAUUGUCACUGAAGGCAUCACAACUAUGAAUGAACACAUGUGGAGUUAUGUACUUAACAAAAAAAGGUGAAAUAACUGAAAACAUGUUUUCUAUUCUAGUUUCUUCAAAAUAGCCACCCUUUGCUCUCAUAACUUUUUCGCACACUCUUGGCAUUCUCUCGAUCAGCUUCAA